AUGAAAAACAUUUACACAUUCGUUUCAUAUUUAUUGUUUAGGUUUUUUAUUCAAAAGACUAUCUGUUUGGAAUUAAAUAUUGGCAAAAUCGCAGACUAUUCUAGUGGAUCUAGUCAGGUUACCGUAAAAAAAACGACAGAGUUACAAAAUUUAUAUACACAUAAGUUUUCCAAUCCAGUUUUAUUAAAAGACAUAUAUAAUGGAAAGGAAAGACUGUAUUUCGACCAGCUGCUUGUGAGCGACCAACUUUUGUUAUCUGCAUCUGUCGUAUGGUCGUUUGAAACACCUUCCAUUAUCCAAUUAAAUUUAGAACAAUCUUCUGUUUUACUUAUAAAUGAAAAAGAAUCAUUGGAUGUUCAGGCUAUUUUUUCUAAAAAAUUAGUUACAAACAUAAAGCCCAGAAUCCAUUCAGAUAUUGAUGCAAUUGUUGAUAUAAAUUUGUCUAAUAUUGCUGAUUAUGACAGUAAUAAUUCUAAAGUUUAUGUUACAAAUCUGAAAUUUUCAGAAGAUAGGUUUAAAAGGUACACAUUAAGAAAUUAUAACUUGGAGUCAACAAGAUUAGGUAAAAUAUUGUAUAAUAAUACAGAAUUGACAACUAAAUUUGAAAAUGAUGUUAAAAGGUCUACUGAGUCAAAUUUGGACAUUCCAUACAAAAACAAUGUAUAUUCAAUACAGGUUUAUGCAUAUAACAAUUUUCCUCUUUUAAUAGAAUUUUUGUACACAUUUGACAAAAGACAAUUUUAUGGCUACACACCUGAGGAAAAAUGGCAUCACGUUUACUUUCCAGCUUUUCACGAUCCUUCCUUUUUAGAUUUCUUGUAUGAUAAACUCAAUUAUUACGCUUGCAAGAAUGGGUUCAAAUAUACUAUAGACAUCAAUCAGAAAACAGAUACUAGUGAUCGUUCCUAUCAAAUAGAUAAUUACUGUAUAGGAUCAGAAGGAGUAGAAACAGUUGUAAAUAAUUUAAAGUUAGCAUCUUAUAUCAACGAAAUAAAUAUAGAACGUGUGCAUAGGUGCUUUGAACACACUCCAUCCAAUGAUAAUAAAUUUUUUAUCGACCAUUUGAUGUAUAAUUCAACUGUAAUACAGUUGAAGGACACACCAAAAAUCACAAAAAGUGUCAGAGUCUACCAACAUCUCAAUCACGAACCUUAUUUAAUAGUUUUUGUAGACUAUUUGGACAAGCUUUAUCAUUACAAGUUCCAAAAUGGAGAGUGGAAAAACGAUGAUAAUCUUAUAUUACUACUGGAUAAAACGAGCCGGUACGAAAAGAGCCUUGUUACCUCAGUUCUUGCAUCAGCAACUCCCUUAACAUUAUCUCAAUCCAAUUACGAGCAUCAGCCAAAUGAAGUUGAUGUUUUCCUUGAAAAUUUCACACCUCUUGAAUCAUCUGGAUUUAAAUGCUAUUCUCAAUCAAUUCAACCUAACGGAUCUUCAGAAAGUUUACAAUUAAGAGUAUUGGUUCCCACCAGUGCCGGGGAAGGGAAAUAUACGGAGAUCUCAUUUUAUAAUGACGAGAAAACCAAAGAGGAAUUCAUUUAUUAUUCAAAAGAUUUUGGCAAAGAUAACAAUAAUAAAUUAUACAUUUAUUACUCAUCUCCAGGAAAUCAAGUUGAUGCUAGACCCAUGUUACUAUGCUACGGAGGUAAGGCCUAUAGGCCACAUAGCUUGGAUAAAUAUUUUCAAGAAUGGGUCCGUGUUAGUUCUAUUUCUCACUGCGAGGCUCUAGUUUCGGGAAGUGAAGUCAAUAAGUUGCUUGAAACGCUCGUUCAAGUCAGCGAGUUGCUAAACCCAGUAAAUAUAAAGCUUUCUGGCCAGACUGCGUAUACAGUACACACAUUCAAUGGAACCCCCGUACAGAAUGUGGUUAGCAAAACGGCCGGCACAUCAGUUACUGGCUGCAAAUUCUGCUAUGAUAAAUAUGUUCACACUGCUAAACAGGGGUACAGACUAGGAAAUGUGUCCUACGAUGCAAGUUGCAUCAAAUUUGGUACCAAUGAACGUGACGCAAAGUGCAUAUCAGCAACCACAGCUGUAAAUCCUUACACCACCGCCUCCGAGGUGGUGACCUACUACUUCAAAGAUGAUGCUGAUUUCAGCGUGCCACUGUUGGUUGCUGUCAAAAACGACAAUAGUUAUCGGCCAUAUUACAUAUUGAAGUCAAAUACGGGCCCAGCCAAGCUUUAUCAAAAGGUCGAUGAACAAAUUGACCUUGCCAAUUUUGAAGCACUCGGUGAAAAACUGAAUCAGAUACGUCAUGAUUUUGCCAAUACACUCCAGGUUAUAAUCGGCAACAGGCAGGGAGACGGCGGAUCUAAAACUUAUAGAGGUAAAAUUUACGAAGUUAGCGGCAGUCAAGUACAGGGCGGUCCUACCUUACCAAUAUCCCUGUCUGAUCCAGUAGAGUUGCCAGGAGAGGGUGAAUUUAAAUGGUUUAAGUACUAUGAACAUCGACUCGACGGAGAAACGGGAAUAAAUGCCAUUGGCGGCUUACGGCUGUUCCUUCGCCAACCCCGAAGUAGCAACGUUAUAGAAAUAAAGUUGUACUCAGAUUCGAAUGGCCUAACGCCCAUAAACAAGAUCUAUUACAACACUUGCAAGGGGAAUGUUCAAGUGUAUUUCAGCGAAGAUACGGACGAAAGGCCUUUGCUGGUCUGCUAUGGAGGCAAAGCCUAUAGGCCUUUAAACAAAGAGAGCUACACUACCAAAUGGGUACCUGUGGAUACUAUUACCAAGUGUCCCUGCGAAACAGGUCAAAAUUCUACUUUAUUGGAAGAACUUCGUAAAACAUUGCUGAUGCUGAACGUGAUUGAAACCUACAUAAUUCCAAAAGCAACCAUUGAACACUCUACCUGCAAAUUGUUCAAAUUUUACAGGAACCAGCUAAUGUAUGACAAGAUCGGAGAUAUUCAAGUUUGCAAGGAUGCACAAUGCAGUAACAAGGUGAUACUGAGGGAAGGAGACCACAAAAACUACAUGGUCUACUCCCAGUAUCUCUACUUCAACAAAUACGAUAUGACAUUCACACACCCAAUUAUGUUAGUGUUAUAUUGCGAGGAGAAGAAUCGUCAGGAUCACACAAAAUACUACCGGUUCUCAGAAUUUGAAAGCGAUAAAACCAACACCAGCGCCAAGACCACAUUUGGGCUCCCGGCGUACCCGAGCGAAAAGGAGUUUUUGUCAUUGAUGAUUGCGGACAACGACGCAGUUCUCGGCAGCAUAACUUACCAGAUCGACCACAAGGACAACACCUACAACAGUUCUAAGGUAAAUGUAGAAAACACAACCAAUAAUUCAAAUAAAAUUAAGAGCAGUGGCUUUAUGAGAUAUAAACACACACCUAAAGGUGGAACCAUCAAAAAAUCCUAUAUAUUACAUAAGCUCAACAUUUUAACGCAGUGGAACACCAGCAACAAGAAAGCAGUAUCUAUUGAUAAUGUACAAGGAAUUAUGAUAAAACAAAUUGAUGUCUUUUUUAGCCCCGAAUCGGACGAGGUUCUAUUGGUCGGAUUUUUCCAUAAUAAUAAGGUUGACUAUUUUUAUCAAAAACUGUACGAAAAAACCGCUAUACACUGGGAACCGAUAAAUGAAAACGCCAUAAAUGCGUUUUUAGGAAAAAAUAUCAAUAAGGCCAAUAUACACACCCAUUUGACUAACAAUGACAAUGAGGUGAUGGUUCAAUUGUUGAACAAGUUAAAAGAAACAGCAGAACAAACAUAUUACAAAUUUGGUCUGGCCAGCAGCCCGAAUGCCAUUAACACGUACCAGAAGCCAACGAGUGGUGAGGAGUAUCCUCCAUGCAAGCUGAUGCUCAAAUAUGAGUUUACGCCAGCGAGCCAACAGAGUGGAAAAAACAUUACUGUGUUGAAGGCUGGCAACGAAAAGCUCACCCUAAAGCCUGACGGAGAAUAUGCUAAGAUGGUCUACUCACGUUCCGAAGUCUACUAUAACAAAUAUGAUGAGACAAACACUCCCUUACUAAUCGUUUUAUACUUCAUCGGUGGCACAAAGUACUAUAAAAUGUCCGGCUUUACAACUGACAAGGCUCAGGGCAAGAAUAUAUCCGCAAUGGACAAUUACACUGACGCACAAACUGUGCUAACACCCCUAUUGGAGGAGAAUGACAGCCUCAGUAGCCUGAUUACCUACAGAAUAGAUCAAAAGAUUGACAGCACUGCCCAAAAUAAUUACAAUGGCGGCAAGAUCAGCCUAGCUGAGGAAUCGGUUCAGGAACUCAAACAGAAAGGGUUUAGUAAAUACACUCACAGACCUACAGCCAACAAUAAUUCCAAAAAGGCCUGUGUAAUAUAUAAUGGUGAUGUCCUGCUGAGUCAGGAUGAGAGUGGAGCAAUGGUUGUAAUUACUGGGCUCCAAAAUAUUGUCUAUAAUAGCCUUAGUGUUUAUCAUAGUAAUAGAGUUAUGUUGCCCCUAUUGGUUCAAUUUACCAAACAAAACAACAGUGUUGAAUAUUAUUACCAUAAAAAGAAGAAUGGCGAACUUUAUUGGCAGUUACUGGAUCAGAAUGAGUAUAGUAGCCUAUUAGGCCAAUCUAUUGUCAACGACCAAAUAAACUCCAAACUUACUUCGGAUAAAAGUGUAUUGGUGAAGUUGUUGCAAAAAAUAGAGUUUUUGGCCCUCAAUACAAUAGUAUUAUUAACAGAAAAGCAUGAUGCAUAUGAUAAUAAUACUGUAUAUGAAGCCAUUAAAAAGACUAAUCCCGAACUUAUACCGAAUCCUCAGCUCACAAACAUUCCGACUAAUCCAAUAGCUGUCACUAAAAAGGAAUCUAAUAAGUUAGAAGAAUUAGGAUUCAAUAUGUACCAACACGAAGUUAGGUUUGGCCAGGAGGGCGGUUCCCUUAAGGAAAAAGAUAAGAUUGAAUUGAGAUUUUUAAUACCAACUGGUCCGACUGCAACUCCUUCUUACACCGAAAUUUCCCUGUAUAAAACCAGUUCUGAUACUACAAGCCCACAGAAUAGAGACUAUUUAUUUUGUGCAAAAAUUGAAACUGAAGAUUCCAGUACCGCUGUAGUUACUAAGUAUUAUACGUAUUCAUAUGGAGAUGAUCCGAGUCCUUUGUUGCUGUGCCAUGAGAAUAAGGCUUACAGGCCACUGAAUAAGGACACCGAGCUUACCAAAUGGGUUAAAGUAGAUUCAAUCGAAAGUUGUAAAAUUGACCAAACCAAUCAUAAUCAGCAACUGCUGGAUGUUCUACUUAGCGAGCUCAAAUGUUCAAAUGUUGUCAACUGGUCCAAAUAUCCAACUCAGUCCCAGAUUGACUACUCAUCUAAUUUGUUCGUGCCUUAUGUGUACCAACAUACCAUUCCUAAGCCUUGCGACGUUAACGUAUGCAAAGAAGAAAAUUGUAAUACGAAGCUAGUUUUACAAAAUGAUACUAGUGAUAAAAACAGUUCCAUUAACAAAGAGGAGGUGUACUACAACAGAUAUCAUACAAGUCACAACAAGCCAUUACUGGUGUCUAUAAAUUUUAAGAAUAAUAGUAUCGCAAAAAGGUAUUAUAGGCUCUCCCGAUUCGACACUGAUAUAAGCUCCGGUAAAAACAUAAAGGAUCUGGAAACUUAUACUGAUGAGAAAACAAUAUUUGACCAUAUGAUUGCAGACAAUGAUACCGCUCACGACACGGUGACUUACCAGUUGGACAAAAAGGACGACAAUUAUAACAGCAGGGUUCAAGUGGCACAUAGCACUAAUCCCGUCCAAGGGUUUACGAAAUACACACACACUCCCAAAAAUGCAGCCAACAAAACUUCUUUUGUAAUAUAUAAUUCUAACAUUCUGACUUAUUGGAAUAGUAGUGCGAAUAAGGCAGGAGCAAUUAACGAUUUCCAGAAUAAGAUAUUGAAUACCGUUAAUGUUUAUUUCAGUAACAAGGUUGGUGUCCCCUUGCUUGCAGCCUUUGAGCUCAAAGACAAUGCUAACGGCGCCUCUAGGUGGGAAUAUUACUAUCAGAUAAAAAAGGAAAUGGGUAUGUUUUGGCAAGUAUUAGAUUAUACUUCCUCCAGAGAGUUGAUAAACGUGUCUUUCAGCAAGGAACAGGCUCACAGCAAAUUGGCCGAUAAAAACAACGAACUCCUUAUCAAUCUAUUGCGCAAUCUCGAAUCGAAAGCAGUGUACACAGCAAUCGCACUGAUAGACAAGCAGGCUCAAUAUAAUAAAUCUGACGUAGAUAGCGCCCUUAGGAUUUUAUUGCCCCAAAUACCAGAUCUUAGCAAAACGACAUCUGCGCAGCCUCAAAAUAUACCAGUCAAUGCAGUAGACAUCCCAAUCUUAACAGCUUCCAAUUUCAAGUGCGUUUCACAAACCAUUAGUGCCACAGGAACCGACCAGAUCAAGUUCUUAAUACCCAGUAUCAAUGUUACUUUGAAAGGACAAGGACAAAACUAUACAGUUACAAACACCCCUAAAUACAUUGAAGCAAAUUUCUACAACAGUUCAGGCAACAUCAAAAUAAAAACGACCUAUAAGAAUGGGUACAACCAUUUGUAUGUUUAUUAUUACGGUCUAGAUCCCAGGCCACUGAUGUUGUGCUAUGAAAACAAGGUUUAUAAACCUUUAAGAACAGGCGACCCAGAGCGCAACAAUCAGGUCAAGAUAGACUAUGCCAAGUGGGUAGAGGUUGAGGGUUUCACUAGCUGUGUCAAUACGGGAACCGGUUCUAGCGACUCUAAUACGCAGAAACUAUUGGAUAAUCUAAUUUCUAUAGCUGGCUACUUGAAUCCAGUGCAGCUCUGUCUCGAUACUGUGCCCAAAAAUGCCAGAUCCGAAAUAUCAAGUAAUAAGGAAAAUGCCUCUGCCAUAUAUUCCAUUCAUGAUUAUGUUGUUGAGAAAACCAUCACCAUUAAGAUCACUAAGACCACCGUAAAAUCAUACAAAAGGCACACGUAUGAACACAACGGGCUGCAGGGUGCCAAUGAUAGCAAUGGAUUCACGCUGGGUGAUGUUAUAUUCAAAAGUGCCCAUGGAGGCUAUAACGCCUACAAAAUCAACUAUGUUACGACCACACAGGAACCAGCCAAGAAAAUGAGACAUUUGGUCAAGGUCACGGGAUAUUUCCACAUGUUUGACUCUGAUUUCCAGGACCCUCUGCUAGUAAUCUUGGAGUUCAAGGACGGCACUGCUGGUACUGCUAACACCAAUGAGUACUACAAACUGACUGUCAGAAGUAACGAAGUCCCUGGAACUAUGCAGUGGGACAAAGAUGAUACUGUUGCAACGAUUAUGGGUGAUCAGAGCCAACUUCUUGAGUUUUUGAACAACGUCAGAUAUAACCUCAAGUAUUCUGCUAAGAUCCAGUUGCACUUCACAAGGCCCAGCUACCCAUUCUCCGCAAUAAAUCACCAAGGCACAACCGAGUAUACAACUCUAUCUGGGACCCAGACGAGUGUCACCGUAUCCAAAGAGUCUUGCCCCGGGUUCGAAAACAGUAGUUUUAAAUGUUACAAACAAGCGAUAAGUUCCGUGCAGACUAGUCACUUGUAUUACGUAACUGCUCUGAAAAUGUCACUGCCCCGUAGGGACCAAAAGGACGCUGUGAUUCAACUGUUUGACGAAACGGGUCAAACUCCUAUAAAUAAAUUGGUUUACGAUUAUGCAUAUGGCGACUUAUAUGUCUACUAUUACCGGAACUAUAAUUACCCCUUGAUGUUUUGUUUGCACGGAAGUGCUUUUAAACCUCAUGAUAAGAACAGUUACGUUUCCAAAUGGGUUAAGGUUAAAGAAAUCCAGAAAUGUGAUUGUAAAACACUUACACAAGAUGAAACUAAACAAUUGGUAACCACAUUAACUUCUGUUGCUCAAUUUACGGGUAUUUAUACGGAAAAUGACAUACAACGUGCCAAAAAUAUACUAGACUUGUCAGUCGAUGAUGAGGCCAUGAAAUACAUAACAGAUCCUUUCAGGAUAAUAGUUAUGGAUAACGUUCCAUACCCAAUUGACACAUUUAAAAAGGACCGAGAAACUGAAAAACAUAGAACACUCAAUAAAAUUGAGUUUGACACCGAUUAUCAUAGAAGCUACUAUCAUAUGAAAUGGGAUUAUGCUAGAAAUGCUAAGGAUAACGUUUUCUACGCUCAAACAAACCCUGGCUAUGCAUUUAACAGGCUGAAACACCACAGAUAUGAUCUAUACACAUUCCCAACGGGCGUGUACCCUCAUAGAAUAGAGUGGUAUAAGAGAGAAUCAAAUAAAUCCGACAUUGUAAUACUCGUGUUCACUAACACACUGUUUGUGUACAAGUUCAGGAUAGUAUAUACUAGUAGGCAAUGGAAACAUGAUACUCUUAAAUAUUGUCUUUCCAGGUAUGACUAUUUUUUUGUAGGAGUUGAGCCAGUAGUUCCCAAUAAUCGCCAAGAGGAAUAUUCAAGAUAUUGUGAACGAGUCAAGUUUAUUAACAAGCUCGACUUUGAUUCAUCCAUGCCAACCAGGCCGAAAACUAGCAAAGAAGCUUUACGCUACCUUCACGAAUAA